AUGUCAGCUUAUAGUCUGAUAACCCCUCAAGACCACGGAAGAGCCUCUACAGAUGCAGUGACCGCUGUGCCCACCCCAGCACAAGCCAAGACGGGGCAGGACAUGAUCGACGAUCUCUUUGACGACGUCGACUUUGAUGAUGAGAUAUAUGAUAUGGUUGAUGCACUCCAAGGUGUGGAUAGCUGUUUUUUCGGUACGCUCGUGUACCAGCCACAGCGCCCCCACAUCCCGUACAAACGCUUUACCAUCACCAAACGCUCGGACGAGCACUUUGUACCAGUCGAGGGCAGUGGGAUUGUAGACACCAACGAGACACUCUUACAGCUCACAGCUGAAGACGGGUCUAUCACGACGGCUCAUGUACGUGACGAUUGGCGUAUGGUGGAUAUGCAGGAGAACGAUGUAGUACAUGUUAUAUACGACACUGUAAUCAGUACAGACUCACGCGAUGUGGUGAUCGACAACAGAAAG